AUGCCGCCUUCCCUAAAUGACAGAACAGUGACUCUCUGCUCGCUUUCUGAAUGCAGUCACGUUUUGUUGCUUCAGGCGGUGGCAAAAUGCCAGGAUUUUUUAAUAUUUUUUGUUUUUUUUCUGCUUAGAUGGACAAAACCAAUUUUGAGAAAGGGUUACAGACGACGGUUGGAGCUGUCAGAUAUUUAUCAGAUCCCUUCUGCGGACUCUGCUGAUAAUCUUUCUGAAAAACUAGAAAGAGAGUGGGACAGAGAGCUAGCAACUUCAAAGAAAAAACCCAAGCUUAUUAAUGCUCUUCGACGGUGCUUUUUCUGGAAGUUUAUGUUCUAUGGAAUAAUCUUAUAUUUAGGGGAGGUCACCAAAUCUGUGCAACCCCUUCUGCUGGGAAGAAUCAUAGCUUCCUAUGAUCCAGACAACUCUGAUGAAAGAUCCAUAGCCUACUACCUGGGCAUUGGCCUGUGCCUUCUCUUCCUUCUGAGAACACUACUCAUACACCCUGCUAUAUUUGGACUUCAUCAUAUAGGAAUGCAAAUGAGGAUAGCUAUGUUUAGUUUGAUUUAUAAGAAGAUCUUAAAACUGUCAAGCCGAGUUCUAGAUAAAAUAAGUACUGGACAAUUGGUCAGUCUUCUUUCCAACAAUCUGAACAAAUUUGAUGAGGGUCUUGCUCUGGCUCAUUUUGUUUGGAUUGCACCUCUACAAGUGGCACUGCUGAUGGGACUGCUCUGGGAUAUGUUAGAAGCUUCUGCAUUUUCUGGACUUGCUCUUCUAAUAGUCAUGGCCUGUUUCCAAGCCUGGCUGGGACAAAAGAUUAUGAAAUACAGGAACAAGAGGGCAGGAAAGAUCAAUGAGAGACUUGUCAUCACCUCAGAAAUAAUUGAAAAUAUACAGUCAGUUAAAGCUUAUUGUUGGGAAGAUGCAAUGGAAAAAAUGAUUGAAAGCAUCCGUGAAACUGAACUGAAGCUUACCCGAAAAGCUGCUUAUAUGAGAUAUUUCAACAGCUCAGCCUUCUUCUUUUCGGGCUUUUUUGUGGUGUUUUUAGCUGUGCUUCCAUAUGCUUUGCUAAAAGGAAUUAUCCUCCGAAAAAUAUUUACUACCAUUUCCUUCUGCAUUGUUCUUCGAAUGACAGUGACCAGGCAGUUUCCUGGGUCCGUACAGACCUGGUAUGACUCUAUUGGAGCAAUAAACAAAAUACAGGAUUUCUUGCUGAAGAAAGAAUAUAAAGCCCUGGAGUAUAAUCUAACAACCACUGGGGUUGAGCUGGACAAAGUAACAGCUUUUUGGGAUGAGGGAAUUGGGGAGCUGUUUGUGAAAGCAAACCAAGAAAACAACAAUAGCAAAGCUCCUAGCACUGACAAGAAUCUCUUCUUCAGUAAUUUCCCCCUUCAUGCCUCUCCUGUUCUUCAGGAUAUAAAUUUCAAGAUUGAGAAAGGACAGUUAUUAGCUGUUUCCGGAUCUACUGGAGCAGGCAAGACUUCUCUUCUGAUGAUGAUAAUGGGAGAACUGGAGCCUUCGCAGGGUAAAAUUAAACACAGUGGAAGGAUAUCCUUUUCACCUCAAGUCUCCUGGAUUAUGCCUGGAACAAUAAAAGAAAACAUAAUUUUUGGAGUAUCAUAUGAUGAAUACCGAUAAAGAGAAUGCCAACUAGAAGAGGACAUUUCAAAGUUCCCAGACAAGGAUUAUACAGUGCUUGGCGAAGGUGGAAUCAUUCUGAGUGGAGGCCAGCGAGCACGAAUCUCACUAGCAAGAGCAGUGUACAAAGAUGCUGAUCUGUAUCUUCUGGAUUCUCCUUUUGGACAUUUGGAUAUUUUUACAGAAAAAGAGAUAUUUGAAAGUUGUGUGUGCAAGUUGAUGGCGAAUAAAACUAGGAUCUUGGUUACUUCAAAACUGGAACAUUUAAAGAUUGCUGACAAAAUAUUAAUUUUACAUGAGGGGAGCUGCUAUUUCUAUGGAACAUUUUCUGAACUUCAGGGUCAACGGCCAGACUUCAGCUCAGAGUUAAUGGGAUUUGAUUCUUUUGAUCAGUUCAGUGCAGAGAGAAGAAAUUCAAUUCUAACUGAGACUCUCCGACGAUUUUCCAUUGAAGGAGAAGGCACGGGUUCACGAAAUGAAAUUAAGAAACAAUCUUUUAAGCAAACAUCAGAUUUUAACGACAAAAGGAAGAACUCCAUUAUUAUUAACCCCCUUAAUGCGGGUAGGAAGUUCUCAGUAGUGCAGAGGAAUGGGGUGCAGGUCAACGGGAUAGAAGAUGGCCACAACGACCCACCGGAAAGGAGGCUCUCGCUGGUACCUGACUUGGAACAAGGAGAUGUAGGGCUACUUCGAAGUAACAUGCUAAACACUGACCAUAUGCUGCAAGGUCGGAGGAGGCAAUCUGUGCUGAGCCUGAUGACGGGCACCUCUGUGAGCUAUGGCCCAAACUUCUCCAAAAAGGGAAGCGCAACAUUUCGGAAGAUGUCUAUGAUGCCUCAAACCAACCUGUCUUCUGAGAUGAUAGAUAUCUACACCAGGCGUUUGUCUCGAGACAGUGUCUUGGACAUCACUGAUGAGAUCAGUGAAGAGGAUUUGAAGGAAUGCUUCACUGAUGAUGCUGAGAGCAUGGGUACUGUUACCACAUGGAAUACCUAUUUCAGAUACAUUACCACCCACAAAAACUUGAUUUUUGUUCUAAUUCUGUGUGUGACCGUCUUCUUAUUUGAGGUAGUUGCUUCUCUCGUUGGAUUAUGGUUUCUUAAAGA